UAAUAAUAACAUAUAUAUUAUAUAAUAUUAUAUUAUAUUAUUAUAUUGCUUAUUAUAUUAUAUUAUUAUAUUAAUAAUAAUAAUAUCAAAUAAUAAUAAUAAUAAUAAUAAUAGAAUGCUAGAGCUGGAAGAGACUGACCUCAAGGGCCAUUUAGUUCGACCACUGAAAAACACUAUCCGAUCCCUCCCGACAGAUGGCCAUCCAGCCUCAUAGACCUUCAUGGAGAAAUGGGACUCUGGAAUCAAAUUCUCCUAGAGUCGGGAGGCCUUAUUAGACCUCAAGAUGAACAUGAGCCAAAAGUGUGACGCAGCAGCAGAAAAAGCCAGAUGCAAUUCUAGGCUGAAGAAGAAGCUGUAUGGCCAUCUGUCGAGAGGGAUCGGAUGGUGGAUAGUUUCUUCUGACUCUAUGGUUUUAUGAACCUGCUCCGUCGUCACGUCAAUUGGUUGAGGUUCUCCCACCCGCCUCGGCUUCCUUUGCCGUCACCAACGCGAGGAAAUGAGGUCAAGGCUUCAAAGGCGACGCCUCCAGCCCACAGAUCCUCAGUCUCACGUCUGUUGUUCUCACACGUCUUCCGGACGCUCGGCUUCCACUUCAACCCACUUCUUCUUCAAGCACCCUAUGACCACCAUCUUGGUGGCUCCAGGACCCUCCUGAGAUGCCCAACCCGGCCGCCCACUUGCCCUUCUACUUCGGCAGCAUCUCCCGUUCGGACGCCGAGGAGCACCUCAAGCUGGCGGGGAUGUCGGACGGGCUCUUCUUGCUCCGCCAGUGUCUCCGAAACCUCGGUGGCUACGUCCUCUCGGUGGUCCACAAGCUCCAGUUCUACCACUACCCCAUUGAGAGGCAGAUGAACGGGACCUUCGCCAUCGCCGGGGCCAAGGCUCACUGCGGGCCUGAAGAACUCUGUGAGUUUUACUCCAAGGACGCCGACGGGCUUUGUUGUCCGCUCCGGAAGCCCUGCAACCGCCCCGACGGGAUGGAGCCCAAGCCGGGCAUCUUCGACAACAUUCGGGAGAACAUGGUGCGGGAAUACAUCCGGCAGACGUGGCAUCUGGAGGGAGAGUCGCUAGAGCUGGCCAUCAUCAGCCAAUCCCCACAAGUAGAGAAGCUCCUGGCCACCACGGCCCACGAGAAGAUGCCCUGGUUCCACGGCCCCAUCUCCCGGCAGCAAGCCGAAAGCCGACUCUACUCUGGCUCCCAACCAGACGGGAAAUUCUUGUUGAGGCAAAGAAAGGAGAACGGCUCCUACGCCCUGUCCCUCAUCUACGGGAAGACCGCCUAUCACUACCAGAUCUUCCAGGACAAGGCCGGGAAAUACUCCGUGGAAAACGGGAGCAAGUUUGACACACUGUGGCAGUUAGUUGAAUAUCUCAAACUCAAACCAGACGGCAUGCUCUACUAUUUGAAGGAGGCCACUCCGAACCCAGAUACUCCGACAGGAGCCACGGCUUCGUCUCCGCCGCCUCUUCCUUCCGGUUUGCCGCCGCGAAGAUUCACAUCGCAGAAUUCCGAUGGAUACACGCCCGAACCCAUUGGAAUCGGGAAAAAGUCCCGGGUGCUUCCCAUGGAUACUCCGUGUUACGAGAGUCCUUACAGCGAUCCCGAAGAGCUGAAGGAUCGGAAAUUGUUCCUAAAGAGGAGCCACUUGAUGGUGGACGAAGUCGAACUCGGGUCCGGCAACUUCGGGAGCGUCCGGAAAGGCAUUUACAAGAUGCGGAAGCGGCACAUCGACGUGGCCAUCAAGAUGCUGAAAAGCGGCAACGAGAAGGCGGACCACGAUGACAUGAUGAAGGAGGCCCAGAUCAUGCACCAGCUCGACAACCCGUACAUCGUCCGGGUGAUUGGCGUCUGCGAGGCGGAGGCUCUCAUGCUGGUGAUGGAGAUGGCCUCCGGAGGACCCCUCAACAAGUACUUGUACGCCAAAAGGGAGGAGGUCUCUGUGAACAACGUGGUGGAGUUGAUGCACCAGGUGUCCAUCGGGAUGAAAUACCUGGAAGAGAAGAACUUUGUCCACCGGGACCUGGCGGCUCGCAACGUCUUGCUGGUCCACCAGCACUACGCCAAGAUCAGCGACUUCGGCCUCUCCAAGGCGUUGGCGGCCGACGACAGCUACUACAUGGCCAAGACUACGGGGAAAUGGCCCCUGAAGUGGUACGCGCCCGAAUGUAUCCUCUUCCGGAAGUUUUCCAGCAAAGGCGACGUCUGGAGUUACGGGGUGACCAUGUGGGAAGCGUUCAGCUACGGACAGAAACCGUAUAAGAAAAUGAAGGGUCCCGAAGUCGUGACGUUCAUCGAGGAAGGGAAGCGGAUGGAGUGUCCUCCCAAGUGUCCCCCGGAGAUGUACAAACUGAUGAACCAAUGCUGGACGUUCAAGUGGGAAGACCGCCUGGAUUUCGCCGCGGUGGAGACGCUGAUCCGGACCUAUUACUAUAGCAUCGCCGAUAAGACGGAGGAAAAACCAGAGGAACGUGCUUAGCGCCGAAAAUGGACAAAAGUGGUUGGUUCAGGAGCCGAGUGUCUCCUCCCCAUCCUCUCCAAAUCCAAAACCCUCUUAAAUUGUUUCAGAGCUCCAAUAAUACCCCUAAGAUAUACUUCAAUGUGCCCCAAAAGUAUUAAAAAGGACUUCAAUGUGCCCCAAAAAUAUUAAAAAUAUUCGAAUAUGGAA